AAAUAAAUGAAUAGAAGAAAAACAGUGGCAAAGGAGGCAAUAAUAGAUGUUGAAGAUUAAAUAAAAUAGAAAGAAGCGAUGUUUGGAGUAUAGUUUUGAAUUAAUGAUGAGCCUGUUAUAUAAGUUUACCGAGAUAAUAUUAAUCUAACAGAAAUAUAGGUAGAUUCGAUAACGAGUAUAAUGUAAAAUAUAGAGAUUUUUAAAACUUGGUGUCCUGAAUCAAGUACAUUGUUUGAGUUUACUCGUUUGAUAUGUUAAAAUUUGUAAUAUGAAAGAAUAGGAAAGGAGAAUGCAGUAUUUCAUAUAGGUUUAUAGUGAUACUUAAUUAAAGGGGAAUAGGGUGAUAAGUUUUACAUAAUUCUUACAGGAAGGGCAGGUGUUUAUAUAAGAAGAUAGCAAUAAUAAAUAGAAGCUGAGGAAAGUGCUAUGUUACCAAAGAUUGAGAAAAUAUUAGAAAGAAUGGAAAUAAAAACAAUUGAGGAAAUAGAAUAAGAUUAGAAAUUAUCAUUUUAUGAGAAAUUGAUCAAAAAGUAAUCUAAACCAGUUAAAUAAAUUGAAGCUGAAUUAUUAUUAUUAAAUGUAGGUAAUUUCGAUAUGUAUUUUACUAUUAAUGGAAUAUGUAAAUUCUAGUAAUUGUCAUAAGUACAUUCUGGUCUCUAUUUUGGAGAUAUGGCUUUAACAACUGAUAAACCUAGAGCAGCUAGUAUUAUUGCUGUAACUGAUGUAUAAGCUUUAACAUUAAAUAAAAGUAAUUUCAAAGUAAAUUCUUAUUAUUUAUAUCUAGAAAAUAUUUGAAAAAUAAAUUAAAACACAAUAAGAAAAAAUUGAUUAUUUUCUUAAAAUGUUUCCUACUAUGACUAAAUUUAAAAUGAGUAAAUUAAUUAUGUAUUUCACAUAAUACAAAUAUCCAGUUAAUUAUACAAUUUGGAAAUAAAAUGAUCUUGUUGAUGGAUUCUUUUUAUUAAAAGAUGGAGAAAUAUAACUAUAAUAAACUAUUGAUUUCAAUCCAAUAUUAAAGUCUGAAUAAACUUAAAUUAUAUUAUCUCCAAAAAAGGAAAAAUCAAAUCAAAAAGAACUAGUCACUGUAAAUUUAUAAUUCAUUAUUAUUUAGAUAGCUCAUUUAACUGGUGGUUGUUUUGUUGGUGAAACUGAUAUCUAUUUAUAAAAUGAAAAAAGAGAUUAUACUGUUAAAACUAUGACAUAAUGCAAUGUAUUUGUAUUACAAUUAGAUAAUCUAACUAUUGUUAAAAAAUCAUUUCCUGAAUUCAUUAUUCCACUCUAAUCUCUAUAAUAAAAAAAUAUUGCAUUGUAUAAAAAAAGAUUAAAUGAAAUUGUAUAAACUAAAAUUGCCAAUAUUAAUCUUCAUAAAAAAGAAGAAAUCAAAAAUAUUGAAAGAAGAUACAUUAAUGAAAUUGAAAUUAAAUAAAAAACUUAAAAUUCUUUCUAAGAAUAAUCAUCCCCUAUUCUCAGAUCUACAUUAUAACCUAAAAUGACUAAAUAAUAAAUGGUUGAAUAAAAUUUGUCUAUUGCUGAUUAACAUACCAAAUCUGAUAUAGCUGCUGGCAAAAAUGAAGAAUUCAAUAUGCUUAAAAUGGCAGGAGAAAACUUUCAAAAAUGUUUACUUAUCAGAGUAGAAAAAUAAUUCGAAUAAUUUCAACCUGCUAAACCCAAGUAUAUAUAUUAAAAUAAUCAUAAGAGGUAAAACCCCUUAUUUUAGUAAACAUUCAAAAGAUAUAAAAGAUUUACUUGAAUAAAUUAGAAGACAUCAAUUACCCUAAGUUUAAUAAAAAGAACCAAUCGUAUUUAAUUAAUAAUAAGAUGAAGAAUUAUAAAAUAAUCUUCCAUUCCUCGCUAUGACCAAAUAACAAUUAAGAAUAAUAAACCCUUUAAUUUAAUAAAAAGUUGAAAUACUCAAAUAAUGUUUAAGUCGUCAAUCUCAUACAUCUAUUUCGAAAUCAAAAUCUGUAUGUUAGACUGCAGAUUAAUUUUAUAAAACUAAAUCAUAACAAGGAUUUAUUCUUUGCGAUUCUCUCUUUCCAUAUAAACCAGUUCAUAGUACCAAAAAUAGCAAUAAUUAACAUUAUAGUAAUUUUAAAGUAUUCUAAAGAAAUAAAACAACUUAAUAAAGUCAAAUAUAAAAAAGAUCAUGCCAAGACAUCACAGAUACUAAUUUUUUUAGCUCUUAACCUACGGUCUAAUUUACAUGAUCU